AUGGCUGGAAUGCAUGACAAGAGAAAACCCUUCCAGGGAAAGAAAUUUCAUAAAGAUCUUCGUGAGUUCAAGAAUCAAGAGAUUAAAAGAUCCUUAGUACACAGAGCAAGAUUAAGAAAGAAUUAUUUCAAGCUAUUGGAAAGCGAGGGCCAGACUACACCGGAAUCCCAGAAAGAAAAGCAAAGUGACGAAGAUAAUGAAGAGAACGACGAUUCUGGAAGUGAAAGCGAAAGUGAAAAAGAGGAAUUGCCUGAAACCUCUGUAAGCAAAAUUAAAAGUUCAGGACCGCUACCUCCACAAAGGGCACCUCCUGCAAGAGCUCAACCAAAACCUCAACCAAGAAAGGUUAUCAAUUUUGCAGAGAGAGCAAAAUUAGCAAAAGAAAGGAAAGAGAGAGAACGUGAAGAGAAACUUCGUCGUGUACGGGAAAGGCGCCAGGCCCUUGAGCAGAAAAAUAAAGAGCGUGAACGGAAAAAAGAGAGUCUAUCAAAGAGAACAAAGACAGGCCAACCGGUGAUGGGCCCCAAAAUAAAUGAUUUGUUAGAUAAGAUCAGACAGAACAUCAACUAG